AUGGAUUCUCACGAUGGAGGAGAAGAUGCGAUUGGUACAGUGAUUUUAUUUUUAUCAUUUGCUGUCUUGGCUGGAUGUAUAUGCAAACUAAUACUUUCACAAGUAUUGAAAAAUAAAUUUCCUGCUCCAUUCACAGUGAUCGUACUAAUUUUUGGCUUCAGUAUCGGUAUGAUUAUUGCCCAUAUUUAUGGUACGAGCAAUGAUUUUUUACUUGGUGAAAAAGAAUUGAGAGAAAUUAAUCCUCAUCUUAUUUAUUUCAUUUUUUUACCGUUGCUGAUAUUCGAUUCUGCUUUUAACAGUCGUUUUCAUGUUAUUCGACCACAAAUCAUAUCUGCUAUACUUCUAGCUGGCCCAGGUGUACUCAUUUCGAUUGUCAUUGUUGCAGUGUUUGCCACAUAUAUAUUUCCUUAUCAUUGGUCUUGGCUAGUUAGCAUAAUGUUUGGAAGUAUUCUGAGUGCAACAGAUCCCGUUGCUGUAGUGGCAUUACUACACGAAUCAGGAGCGAGCAAAUCAUUAGCAGCAUUGAUCGAUCUUGAAUCAUUAUUGAAUGAUGGUUCUGCCUUUGUCAUCUAUAUGAUUUUUCGAGAUAUUGUCGUCGGUGAAAGUGAUAGUGCCAAGAAAAUUAUUAUUGAUAUCGUCAAGUUCACUAUCGGUGGUCCAGCUUUUGGCAUUGUCUGUGGCAUCAUUGCUGUAAUUGUUCUGAAUAUGGUCCAUAAUGAACUUGAAGUCGAAAUUAUAUCGACUUUUGGUCUUGCCUAUCUAAUUUUCUAUGUUGCCGACGUUGAACUCCGUGUUUCAGCUGUCUUGGCACUGGUAGUCAUGGGACUUUUCAUGGCCAAACACAAAUAUUGUAUCAGUAGUCAUGUGCAACUUCCAAUGGUCAAUACUUGGCGCAUCAUUAUUGAUUUUGCAAAUAUUCUCAUUUUUAUCAUUACUGGUGUUAUUUUGGCUCAUUCACUGAUCGGCACGAAAGCAACUAUUAUCACACGUGAUUUUGGACUUUCUAUUCUAUUGUAUAUUGCUCUUCAUCUCGGACGUCUAUUAUCCGUCAUUGUACUCCAUCCAUUUAUACGUUGGAGUGGUGUGCGUCUAUCUCGGAAAGAAAGUAUGGUGCUGAUUUGGAGUGGUUUAAGAGGAACAUUGUUGGUUGAUUAUGAAAAACAAUGGUAUCUUGGAAUGAUUCGUCGACGAACACUCUACAUUCUGAUUAAAUCAGUCGAAAAAGCCAAACAUCAACAUUCACUUAAACUUCAUUGGAAAUUGAUCGUUGAACAUUUUCGAUUAUCGAAGUGGCUGCAAACUCUAAUGCGACUCGAUUGUGUCAAGUGGAUUAACAAAGAGUCGAAUAAACUAUUAUUUGAUCAUAUCUUUCUCACCAUUGAAUUGACUCUCGCUUUCCAUUCGACUCAAACUCGUAUGGAUAAUAUUCGAAAGCAAUUUCCAGAAUUAGCAAAUAUUGAUAAAAGAAUUUGGAAUAAAGUUUAUGAAGAAACUCGUUUCUAUCAUCUCACUGCUACCUACAUUCUGCUUGAUCUACAACAAUCCUAUGAAGCUUGUUGGCGAAUUCAUAUGACAAAAAGAUGUGCUCAAAUGUUACUCAAAUAUGAAUCGAAGACGCUCACUGAACUUUAUGAAACGGGAAUGCUCGGCCACAGAGUACAUUCACAUAUAUUGGAAAUAAUCGAAAAGAAAUCGUUGAAAUUGGAAUUUUAUCGUGUCUCUAUGGUUAAGGGUCAUUUAAAAGCUAUUGAAAAUCCUUUUGACUUAUUGCCACUCUUUCGAUCACUACCUAAUCAUGAAAAAAUACGUUGGCAAACGAUUAUGAAAGUAAAACAUCGAUGGUUUCAACCGGAUCAAAUUCUCCUUGAAAAAGGUCAAAGAGUAUCGACUGCCUAUCUUAUCACUCGAGGGAUUGUUGAAUGUAAAAAAGAUACAAUGCCCAUAUAUUACCGACUGGGCAAUAUUGUCGGUAUCGAUGCCUUAUUUUCACAAGAUUUUCUAGCACAUGAUAUUUAUCGUGUCAGUGGUGGACUUUUGGAAGCUUAUUGUAUCGAUGGUAUAUUAUUGAAUCAAUUUUUAAAAGAUGAAAAUUUAGCUCCUUCGAUCUAUCGAGAAAUUGCUCUACAUGUCUUGAGUAAUAAUUAUCAGACACGUUUGAAAUUGAAUCGUUUACAACUACGGUUACUUGUGCACAAGAGAGCGAAAUUCUAUUGGAAUGAAUCGGAUAUAUCGAUUCAAUUGAAUGAAAAUCAACGACUAUUUAUUCUUGCUGGCUAUGUUACUCAUUUGUUCAAUGGUCAACAUAAUAAAUACGAGUCAAUUCAACUACAAAUCUUUGAUACUGAAGCCGAAAUUCUUCUUAAUUCAUCGACUGUGGCCUAUUCAUGGAUGGAUGAAGAUGAAGAAUUUUCUAUCAAAGAUACUAAUCUUACAGUUGAUUUUCCAUUGCAAACCUAUGAUUUGCUCUCCAAUGAUCUACUUUCUCCGGGACAUUUGAGUCAAGUCACACAAUCUUCCGAACGACGACGUUCAACAUCAUUCUUGGAUGAUGGAAUACAUUCCAGCGAAGUAUAA